AUUCAUGUUGAAGAAUCACCGAAUGUGGCCAGGAGAGCAUACACCUCUGCUCAGAUGCUCGGUGUUGCCGUGAUGCUCUCAUCAUCCACCCAAUAUGGGUGUUGAAGACGAAGAACACAAUGGUGAUCUCCAUGUAUAAAGGAAGACUUGUUUCUCUCAUUCUCGACGAUAAUUCUCAUCAUCACUCACAUCAUCAUCUCAGCAUCCACUCAUCCCUUCAUCACUCAACACCAAAGCAUCAAAAAACCCCUUCAGCCUCUUUCCAGCAACCAGCCACCUAACAAUCUUGAGCGACCUUUCUUGACAACUCUGCCUUCAAGAUGCAUCUGUCUUCCUCCCUUCUCUUCACCUCGGCCCUUCUUGCCGGGGGUAUCAAUGCCUCUCCUGCGACCAACGCCUACCGCCGCCAGGGGGCGGACAUGAGAACCAUUAUUGGUGACACUACCCCGGUAUUGUCCAACACCACCGCAGUGCACUUCCCCGGUUCGGGAGACUUCUUCAGUGUCACGGAGCGUUGGGACGUCUACCGCCCGCCCUCGUACCAGGCCGCCAUCACGCCCACCACCGAGGCUGAUAUCGUGUCCUUGGUUAAGAUGGCUAAGCAGCACAACAUCCCCUUCCUUGCUACUGGUGGCCGCCACGGCUAUGGUACUUCCCUUGGCAAAUGUCAGGAAGGUCUGGCCAUCGACCUCAGCCACUUCAAGGAUGUCAAGAUUGACAAGCAACGUGAAACUGUAACCAUCGGCCCCGGUGUCAUCUUCGCUGAUGUCUUCCCGGUUGUUUCUGAUGCUGGCUAUCAGGUCCAGACUGGUACCUGCAGCUGCGUUGGCAUGAUUGGCGCCACCAUUGGCGCCGGAAUUGGCCGUCUUGACGGUGUUCACGGUCUAGUCAUUGAUGCUCUCGAGUCCGUCCGCAUGGUCACUGCCAACGGCGACAUUGUCGAGGCCUCCAAGACCAAGAACCCUGAACUCUUCUGGGGUAUUCGUGGUGCCGGUGCCAACUUUGGCAUCAUUACCCAGGCCACCUACAAGAUGCACAAGUCCAUGGGUGACAUCAUCAGCUUCGAUCUCAUCUACGAGCCCGAGCAGAACGUCACUCUCUUCAACACCGUCGCCAACAUGUACCUCCCGCCCGGCCUGACCGUCGAGACCAUCAUGUCCUACAACCAGACCACCGAGAAGCCCACCAUUAUCGUCAGCAGCACCUACGCCGGCGGCUCCGAGGCCGAGGCCCGCAGGUGGAUGCAGCCGCUCCUUCGUUUGAACCCCUGGUACAAGGACAUCAAGGCCAUCCCUUGGAAGAGGAUGAGCAAGGAAACCGCCCUGGGUUUGGACAAGGAGGUCUGCGCCAACUCUCAGGUCUUCGACAUCUACGGUGUCAAUCUCCGCCGUCACGACGCCAACACCUGGGUCAAGACCUUCAACAAGCUCGCCAAGUUCUGGAACGAGCAGCCCGCCGCACAAUCCUCCUCCGUUGUCCUCGAGACCUGGCCCAACCAAGCCGUCGUCGCCGUGCCUGACUCUGAGACUGCCUACCCCUGGAGAGACGCUACCACCUAUGUCAUGAUCCAAAUGCGCUGGGACGCCCCCGGUAACCCAGUUGAGACUGUCGCCGACGCCAUGGGCCGCGAGCUCCGCAACGACUACGCCAAAACCUCGGGUUACAACGGCCUCACCGUCUACGUCAACUACGCCCACGGCGACGAGACUCCCGAGCAGAUGUACGGCCGCAACAAGCUCCACCGUCUUGCGAAGCUCAAGAAGCAGUAUGACCCUUCGUCCGUCUUUGGAUUCCACAACCCCCUUCCUACUAGCUACCCUUAAGUGGCUAGCUUAGGGCCUUGAUAAUUCGACCUUGCGCUGAGGUGGUGAGAUGUUUGAAGGACAAUUGGGGAUGCAUAUGAGCUGCAGAGCUCAUGGGUGUUUGAUUUUGGCUUUCUGAUUGCUCGUUUGUUAUAGAUCUGGCUUCUAGACCUUGGGGGUGGCUUUUUGCUUGCUAGUGGUUGUUUCUUUUGUCUCGCUAGACAUUUCCUACUACUCUUAGAAUAUUGUGUACACACAUAGACAUAUCAUCCUACAUAGACAUAGAC